AUUCCCCCGUUGUCGAGUGUCGGUUCCGAAUCUGUCUGUAGUGUAGACGCGCCACAAUAUUGAUCUUUUAGGUUAUAUCCCCGAGGAGCGCCUUAACAGCAGUUUCGGAUUCUAGUGGGGAUUGGAGGUCGUGCGGCGUCCGCGAAAGAGCACGACCGGAUCGCAGAUUGCCAUCAAUUAAGUAGACGAGCCCUCGGAAAAAUCGUCGGUCGGUGGUUUGCAGUCGGUCGGCAAAAAGCCCAUAUAAUACUGAACCGCGUCCGAAGUGUAUCGAGCAAGUCUGGACGCUGUGCGUCCCUGACCGAGCGUCUGGUGGUGUAUUUUGUGUGGCAUAAUUUCGGUUGGCUGCGCGAAAAAUCCCGUUUUCUCGUGUGUCAGUCGGUUUACUAGUCGGCAGAGCGACAUAUAGCAGUACGUUUUAGGCACUGCGGUGGUGAGCUAUGGCCGUGCCAAUUGCCUGUACGCGUUUCAGCGACAACUACGAUCUAAAAGAGGAACUCGGAAAGGGAGCUUUUUCAGUAGUGAGGAGAUGUGUUCAGAAGUCUACAGGUUUAGAAUUCGCCGCCAAAAUUAUAAAUACAAAAAAAUUAUCAGCAAGAGAUUUCCAAAAAUUAGAAAGAGAAGCACGAAUUUGUAGGAAGUUACAACAUCCAAAUAUAGUGAGGUUACACGACAGUAUACAAGAAGAAAACUUUCAUUAUUUAGUAUUUGAUUUGGUAACGGGCGGUGAAUUAUUUGAAGAUAUUGUAGCCAGAGAAUUUUAUUCGGAAGCGGAUGCGUCACAUUGCAUACAACAGAUAUUAGAAUCAGUUAAUCACUGUCAUCAAAACGGUGUAGUACAUAGAGAUCUCAAGCCUGAAAAUCUUCUCUUAGCAAGUAAAGCAAAAGGUGCAGCUGUGAAAUUAGCAGAUUUUGGUCUUGCGAUAGAAGUUCAAGGAGAACAGCAAGCGUGGUUUGGAUUUGCCGGCACGCCAGGAUAUUUAUCUCCUGAAGUACUGAAAAAAGAACCAUAUGGAAAACCGGUGGAUAUCUGGGCGUGCGGUGUUAUAUUAUAUAUUCUCUUAGUGGGCUAUCCUCCUUUCUGGGAUGAGGACCAGCAUCGGUUAUACGCACAAAUUAAAGCAGGAGCUUAUGAUUACCCUAGCCCAGAAUGGGAUACGGUCACACCAGAGGCAAAAAACCUCAUCAAUCAAAUGCUUACUGUUAAUCCCGGGAAAAGAAUUACUGCCUCAGAAGCUUUAAAACAUCCCUGGAUCUGCCAACGAGAACGUGUUGCAUCCGUCGUUCAUCGACAAGAAACUGUGGACUGCCUCAAAAAAUUCAAUGCCCGGCGCAAGCUCAAGGGCGCUAUACUUACAACUAUGUUGGCUACGCGUAAUUUCUCAAGUAAGUGUAGGAGUAUAAUCGUAAAAAAAGGAGAUGGAUCGCAAGUCAAAGAAUCCACCGAUAGUUCAACAACAUUAGAAGAUGAUGACAUAAAAGAGGAUAAGAAGGGCGGAGUCGACCGCAGUUCUACCGUUAUAGCCAAAGAUCCGGAAGGCUCUGGAACUCCUCCGCAAUCGCCAAGAAUAGCACCUUCUUCGAGUUCGCCUUCUAGUUCUGUCGCUGCUGCAAAUCCACGACCCAAUACUCUUAAUUUAGGCCAAGCUUUAUUGCAAGGGGUACAAGAUUUGGAUGCUGUACACGACAGUAUUGACACUGAACAGUGGGUAGAAACAACUGUACAGUACGACAGAUGUCUAACAGCGGAAUCAGAAAUACGGAUUGUGUGCCCCGAAAAGCCGUAUUCUCAACUAUCCACAAAUUCACAAGGUUCAGCUCGAAGACAAGAAAUCAUCAAAAUGACUGAACAGCUGAUAGAGGCAAUUAAUACGGGAGAUUUCGAGGCAUACACAAAGAUAUGCGAUCCCCACUUGACAGCUUUUGAACCAGAAGCUAUGGGCAACUUGGUUGAAGGAAUGGAUUUCCACAAAUUCUAUUUCGAUAAUGUUCUAGGUAAGAACUGCAAAGCAGUGAAUACGACCAUUUUAAAUCCCCAUGUACACUUACUGGGAGAAGAUGCGGCAUGUAUCGCCUACGUGCGACUAACGCAGUAUAUGGACAAACAUGGUCAAGCGCACACUCAUCAAUCUGAAGAAAGUCGAGUGUGGCAUAAAAGGGACAACAAAUGGCAAAAUGUUCAUUUUCACCGCAGUGGUGGUACAGGGGGUGCUGCUUUCGGCUUCAGUUCGCAUAAAUAGAACAGUACUCCAUAAUUUUCAUCGAGCAUUCAUAAUAUAUAAACUAUGUUUACUGUGAAUUCUAUUUGUGGUGAUGUGUGAUUCUGAUAUUUUUGAAUUUUAUAUUGAUUCUUAUUGUUUUACAUUAGAUAGAAUAGUUUUCUCUAUCACAAUUAUAUAUAUAUUAUAUGUUACCAACCUAUUAUUCCAUAUAAUGUCCACACUAGAAGACCUCGUGUGCAAUGUAAGAUGUUGUUGUCACUUAUUGUUUACAAGAAUUUUGUGCAAUUUAUGGUAAUCGUACACAGAAGUUGUCCUUAAUACGAUGUUUUCAUCCGAGUGCAAUAGAUGUUAGAGGUUAAUUAAUAUAAGUCACAAUCGUGUGUAGUGAGUUACAUUGUAUGGAAUAAAUUAUAGAUUGCCUUCUAUGAUAUAUUUCUUAGGCUUGCCAUUUGAAAGGUUGGUAUAAGAAAUAGCAACCAUAAAAAGAAAGCGGCAGCUUUUGCAGCACACCAAACCUAAUAUAAUUGAUAAGAUGUAAGAAGUAAAUACUUAGCCAAACGAUUAUAGUGAAACUAAAAGUAUUUAUUGGGAUUUUAAUUUAUUUAUUUACACCACAAUCAGAACUUAAAAAUGAAUAAUAUUUUAGACUAGGAAAUUGUAUGGUGCGAAGAUUAUUUUAUAUUUGUAAAUUAUUGCUUUGUUUCCUCAAUUAUUAAAAGAGUCUUGACUUAUACUACUGCCUUAUAAUUACAUUAAGGUUUAAGUAGGGGUACAGUACUUAUUUACAUACGGUUAUUAGCGCACUGCUGCAUGGCAUUUUUUAUAGUAUUAUUCAAAUAUUGAAGUUAUUACCUACUCUUAUAGAGUAUUGAACGACACUUCCUUAAUUGAAUAUUGCUUACUAUAAUUUCUGUCAUUUCUCUUAGAAAAAGAAAAAUCAUUUUUAUACAUAGGAUAAACGUAAUAGUUUACAAACAUUUAAUGAUAGAGGUCGCACGUUGCUUUAUGAAAUAACAUUUUUACAAAAGUUUAAUUUUUGAUGGAGAAAAUUUCCCUUUUACACUUAUCGCAUGUUGAUGUGUACAAAUAAACUUUCGAUCCUAACAAUUGUGCAUUGUGCAAAGUUACCAUUUCACGCGAGAUUAUUUAGAAUCAACAUGUUACUUGGAAAAGGGGAGAUUUGUACAUAAAAAAUGUAAACGUUUUUGGAAAUUUAAUAUUUACAUUUGACUGUUUAUGAUAAAGUACUAUUGACAUGUUUUUAGCUCUCUUAAUAUAAAUAUAUUUAAGAAUAAUAUGUAAUCACUAUAUCUAAUUUCCACAUUUUCGGUCAUUUCGUCUAUCUAUCGAUAUUUUUUCCCGAAUAGUUUUAAAAAACGAAAAUUAAAGAUAACCAUUACAAAGAUCGGCAGUUGGUGCGCUCAAAAAUAUCGUAUUAUCAAAACUGCGUUCACUAAUUUAUUCAUCGAUUUGAAACGAAUAAGUGUAAAAGUAAAAAAUUCGCGUAAAAAUAUCGAUAAUCCGCUUUUUAAUGUAUUUGCUGAGACUUAUCGAAUUUAAAAGAAUUAUCCACUACAUGUUCUAGAAUAGUUCUUCUUUUUAGUGAAUUUGUAGUUAAAUUGUAAUAAAGUGGUUACAUUAAAAAUAAGUCAUUCUAUGAAUUGACUUUACAUUUUCAAAUACAUAAUUUAGGCCUAAAAUUUUUUUUUGUUGAAUUUUAUGGACCAUCUUAGUAUUAUUUUUAACUACAAAAUCAUACUAAAAUGUUUCAUCACCAAAAAUCACGUCGAAACAGUCUGUUAUUAUCAUAACAUAACGCUACACACAUCCUUAAAAUAAUUAAUUUAUGUGUUAACAUUUCAGUUUUCCUAGAUAACUUUCUUUGCCAUUACAGAUAUAGUUAUUUCAGAAAAAAAUUCAUGAGAUUUUUAUACUGUUCCUAUUUUUAACACAUCUUGUGAUUUUUUGCAAUAUUUUCGUGUAAUGCUGUUAGAAGAUUUAAGUAAGUGUAAUUAAAUUGUUUCCUUAAGUUGUAUAAUAUACACUGUGGAACAACACAUUAUUUACCCUAACAAAGUUGAACCUGUUUUAAAUAAUAUCGAUGUUUUAGGCUAGUUAUCAUUGAAAUAUCAAAAUAAAAGUUGUUAUGGGUAAACAAAGUGAAAAUUCCAUCAUAAUACAACUUGUGAAUGUACAAUUCUUUGCAAAACAGAAAUAUUUUAAUGUUUUUGUGCAAUAUAGUUAUAAAUAGUGUUUAAUGUUGUUUUUAAGAUGUAAGUUACAUAUUUGCUCAUAUACUUAAUUUUUAUUAAAUACUUGUGUUGUACAAUAUUUAUAAAUAGCAGAUUUUAAACGAGUUUAGAUUAAUUUCGUGGCACUUUUAAUAUCAUAUGUGUACAAGAUAAACCACGAUUCAUUAGUGCGGGUGCCAUACUUAUUUCUUGUUCUUAUUUUUUUUUGUAAGUUUCCUCUUUUAUUACAAUCAGUGAACAGACAUGUUAAAUUUUUAAAAUUGUAUAUAAAGAUUAUCAUUAAAACUUUGCUUAUAUCAUAUUUAACAUGUACCUACAUGAUGUAUGUUUUCCCUUUACAAUCAAGUGUUUGAGUAAAGCCACUUUUAUGGAAAAUUAAACCGAAAAAAGUA